UCUUGCAUUUUUUUGUGUUACUGUGAACUGAUACAAGUCCUUGUGCAGUCCUUGUGAAUAUGGUUUGUGGACGGUGUGCGGGAUCUCCACAGUGUCGGGAGCUGAAGGCUUUUUUGUGUGAGGGCUUGCGGGCUUGCAAAAGUUGUGUUUUUUAAUUGAGUUGUGCGACAGCAGGUCACUGCAGUGACUGAGUGCAGCUCCCCUCAUCCAGUCUCCAGACUCCCCGGUGAUGUUAAAACGCGCCAUAUGACUGAACAUGACUCUCUGAUGCUGCGGGACAUCCAGAAAACGGCGAGCACCGGCUGCGCAUUUUGCGCGCACCGUGCACAAACUCCGGGCGUUGUUGGGCGACAAGUGUAAAAAAUCGAUGUGGCAUCCCCCGAGAGGCGGACGAGACCGUCAGGACUCAUCCCGAACUGUCUAAAGGUUGUCGUAUGUUCAAGUCGAGACGCUCGGGUCUUGUUCGGCGACUCUGGAGAAGCCGUCUGGUGACCGAGGGCGACGGGCAGGAUGGGAGCAGGCGCGGCGAGGCGUGUGGGAACAGACACUCGGGGAAGAUCCGCAGACACGAGCAGCGGCCGGUGACGCACGCCGAGCCGUGUGCGGGCCCCGCGGGGGAGGCCGGGGACCGGGAGGAAGAGCAGCAGCCCGGCGGGGACCGAGGGGCCACCAUGUGCGUCCCGGAGCCCCGCGGCUCCCAGCGGGGCCGGGACGGCGGCAGCAGGACGGUGACCUGCUGUCUGUUCGGGGACUGGGAUAUAAGACCUCGGAACUCUUACUGGGCACCGGCAAAAGACGAGAGCGGUGGCCCCUGUCAGUGCGCAGUACCCAGACACGCGGGGCUGGAGGAGGAACUGGCGUGCACUUCUCAUGCUUUUUUAAAAAGACUCAAGGAGAGAUGUCUGGAUACCCUGGUGAAGGCCGUGGAGGCCAGAGGAGGGAUACCCGGCGAGUGCGUCAUGGUGCCGAGCGCGGAGCUGGGGCUCGGGGGUCAGCACGUCUCUGCACAGCAUCUUCUGUGCAGGCUGUUCCGCUGGAGCGACCUGCCCUUCUCCUCCCGGCUCAAGCCGCUGUCUCACUGCCAGAGCUUCGGCCAGGUGGACGGCGCAAAGGUGUGCUGCAAUCCCUAUCACUACAGCCGCUUAUGCGGGCCAGAUUCACCUCCUCCACCAUACUCUCUGUCUCGUUCAGAAGAACAAAAACCACUGGACUCAGCUCUGUCUUACACUGAAACUGCCCCCCCACUCCUCUCCGGUCAGCCUCAUAUCAUGCCAAGAGACUACACAGACACUGGUACCUCCCUCGGCUCUUCGACCUCAGGUGGACAUCGCUCUCACUGGUGCAGCGUUGCCUACUGGGAGCAACGCACCCGCGUGGGUCGUCUUUAUCCAGCCUACGAGCCCUCGCUCAGCAUCUUUUAUGACCUACCUCAGGGCACCGGCCUCUGCCUCGGACAGCUCCACGCCAACGCCUACUGCAGCCGCCGCAACGACCCGGGCAGCCACGGCACAUCGGUUCAUCACGCACAUCACAGCUACGGAGGCGGAGGAAACAGCAGCAGCAGUGUUCAACAGAUACGCAGUAAAAUCGGCUUCGGCAUCGUGCUGACUCGCGAGCCGGACGGAGUGUGGGUCUACAAUCGCAGCCAGCAUCCAGUGUUUGUCCACUCGCCCACUCUGGACCCGCCCAGUGCUCGAGGGCUGAGUGUGAAGAGGGUGAUGCCGGGCUUCUCCCUCAAAGUGUUUGAUUUUGAGUGCUCGAGCUGGAUGACGGAGCACGGCGUCAAGCCAGAGACCCAGGAGGGGCCCUGGGACCCCCACAGUGUCCGGAUCAGUUUCGCUAAAGGAUGGGGCCCCUGCUACUCUAGACAGUUCAUCACCUCCUGCCCCUGCUGGCUGGAGGUGCUUCUCAACAACCACAGAUAGCAAACAAACACUCACAGACUCACAGGAGGUGUCCUGGCUCACUAUCCCAAUUGUAAUCUACCUAGAUUUAAUAUAAAAUUUAUAUAUUAUAUAAAAUAUAUUAUACAUGUACAUACUUGAGUCAUUUUUACGAUGCAAUUAUUUAUGUAUAGUGUAAUGUGUAUAUGGACAAAAUAAAAAGGAACAAGAAUAUGCACUUUGAUUCUAUAUAAGCAUUACAGAUUUUCAGUGUCAUUUUGCAAACAUAAAGUGUAAAAUUAAGACAAACUUGGUUUAUGUUCUCAUAAUUUAGCAAAUUCAUCAAAACAUAUUCCACACACACACAUUGUCAAUAAAGUAUUUGUAUUAAAUUAA